CAAUUUCCCAUAGGCCAUAACCAUAGACCAUAAUAUACAAUACGUAGUUUGUUCUAGUCUAAAAUCAGAUUAAAACUAAAAAGGGAGAUUAAAGUUUGUUAUUUAUGAAAUUUUCCUUUUUUCCUGUCAAUAAAAUAAAAAUAAAAAUUGGACUCUGUCGAAACCUUCACCAGGGAAGAAAGAAAUUAGAAGAUAUCAGAUUUAAGAGAGAAUCGGAGGAGAAAUCGAAGAAAAAGGGAAGCCAUGGACGACCAAGAGUUUCGUAGUCUCCUCGACCUCUUCCCAGUCGUACGUUCUCGUGACCACCGUGCUGAAUUAGAUUCUUCAAAGCAAUCAACUUCACAGUCAGUUGUGGAUCGAGAGGUAAGUGAAUGGCACGAUGCACCGACUGUUGCUGAGCCUAAAGACUUGCAAUAUCUGAAGACUGAUCAAGACAAAUUUUGGGAAAAUCUGAAAGCGGCUGCUGAGAAGAAGGUUGGUGGGGUUGAAGCAGAGAGAUUUUGCAAGGCUUUCGAGAAACUCCACAAGAAACUUGUGUAUGAAGAAUUGGAUCCAGAAGCUGCAAAGCGAUAUUUACUAAACUCUUAAACUUCUGUCUUCUAUAUGAUGUGCUUCCAAAAGUUUGUUAAUGUGGAGACACUUCCAAGUCUUGUCUUUUUCUUUAUCGUAAUUAUGAAUUUAUGAGUGCGCAAAAAUUAUCUUCUCGUGUUCGUCUAGUUAUGAUUUCAAGUCUUUCUCAAAGGCUCCAUAUUUCAAUCGGAAUUGUUAUUGAUUUUGGUAUCUAUAAAUGUUUUUGGUAUCUAUAAAUGUUAACUUCUUGUUUUUAGCUUUUUAAUUUUAUGUCGAA